CAGAAUCCACCAAAUCCACACAAGACAAACCCUAGUUCUAGCUUCAUCUACCCUCAUUAUCAUAAGAUCUUCAACUUAAAGCCAAGAGCACACCAAUUUGCUUAAUAAGUUGUUCAAACAUUUUAGUUUCAGAGACCGGACACUAGAGCAUGUUAUUUACAAGCCAAGAUGCAGCAAUAUUUCCACCGUCCUCUCACCGCCGCCGCCGCCCCAUCAACUUCGCCGCCAUCGGAGCCUGAUUUAACAUCUUUCCAGCCACUUUCCUUGGACCCCACCGCACCGGAUUACACCUCCCUCCUCUCCGACGAACUCUUACUCAACGUUUUCUCCAAGCUUCCCAUCUCUCAACAUGUCUCCAAUUCCUUGGUCUGCAAACGCUGGUUGUACCUCCACGGCCGGUUGGUGCAGUCCCUUAAAGUUACAGAUUGGUCGUUUCUUACUUCGGGUCGGGUAUUUAACCGGUUCCCCAAUCUAACCGAUUUAGACUUGGUCCGUUCGUGUAUUGGGGUGUCAAAGUGUUCCGGCACUAUAUUAACCCACAAAACUAUGUCGGUUCAUGUCGAUACUGGUUUUACUCUCGGCGGAUUUCUCGAGAAAACGGCGUUGUUGCCGUCAAAUGAGGUCGACGAAGGGCUUACGACGAUAGCCGAAAAGUACCCGAAUUUACAGAGAUUAUUGGCGAUUGGUGCCAGCGAGCGAGGGUUGUUAAGAAUAGCCGAGGAGUGUUCCACGUUGCAGGAAUUGGAGCUACAUCGUGGAGGGGAUUUGGCUUUGAAGGCCCUUUCGGGGAUUAAAAAUUUACAGGUAGUGAAACUGAUUGGGUUCAUUGAUGUGUUGUACAACUCGACGAUUUCAGAUAUUGGGUUAACGCUGUUGGCUCAAGGGUGUAGAAGAUUAGUUAAGCUCGAGCUCUGUGGGUGUGAAGGGAGCUAUGAUGGGGUUAAGGCGAUUGGGCAGUGUUGUCAAAUGCUCGAAGAGUUGACCCUUUCUGAACAUAGAAUGGAUGGUGGGUGGUUAGCUGGGCUCUCGUUUUGUGGGAACUUGAAGACCCUGAGGCUUCGGUUUUGUAAAAGUAUUGAUAAGUGGCCAGGCGCAGAUGAGCAUUUGGGGUCUUGUUUGACUCUCCAAGAGUUGCACUUGCAGGGCUGUCAAAUUCGGGAGACGCAGAGUGUUAAAGCUUUGUUCUUGGUUUGCCAGAAUGUUAGGGAUAUUGUUUUACAUGAUUGUUUUGGCUUGGAGGAUGAUGUGUUUGGCCUCGCAAGCAUUUGUAGGAGAGUGAAGCUUCUUUCUUUGAAAGGAUGCUCGUUGCUAACUAUAAAAGGUUUGGAAUCGGUAGUGAUUUCAUGGAAAGAGCUUCAACGAUUGAGAGUGAUGUCGUGUCGUAAUAUAAAGGAUACUGAAAUCACACCCGAAUUGGCAACCUUGUUUUCUACAUUGAAAGAGCUGAAAUGGAGACCGGAUUCCCGGUCUCUGCUAUCGUCGAGUCUUGCAGGGACUGGAAUGGGGAAGAAAGGGGACAGAUUCUUCAAGAGAUGGAAGGAUUGACCGUGCUGCUCGAUUCCACACAAUCUGGUUUUGAAGCAGCUGCAAAAAGAGAUGUGAAAAGAAACAAGUGUAAACACCGUAGGAUUCAACAAUCACAAUCCAUGUUCCCGAACUUGAUGCGUUCAUGAUGAUGAUAACGGGGGAGGAACUGCCAUUCUUACACUCAUGUAGCCAGCUUAUCAGAGUUUGUCAUAUGAAUUGUUUGAUGGAGUCGUUCCUGUAUAGCCCUGUGUGCCAACAUCUAACAAUAGUUACUUUGUUAAAUGUAUUUUAGUGGCAGUGGUCAUUUUUUUCUAGUUUCGUUAACAAGUAAUCAUCUGACUUGUUAGUUGAUGUAAACGGAAGGGUUAAUAAUGUAGUUCAUUGUUCUUACGCUCUUUGUUCGAAGUUCAAACUCACUGAAGUGAGGUUUUAAUGGGUUAAUUAUUUUGCCCCAAUUCGUGCCGUUGGAUAUGAGGACGCGUGGCGGAAAUUGAUUUGUAACUGCUGCGUGGAAAUACCCAGCUACUCCGCCCAUAGAAAACCUAAGGUGAAAAGCCCACAACUUGCCAAUAAUAAAAUACAGGAGACAGGACUAGUACGUGUCAAAGAUAUUAAACAGACAUCCUAAAGCUUGCGCAUCCGAAUCCCGAGUCG